CAUAAGAGUUGUUUGUGUUUUCCUUUUCCUUUGCCUUUGUAUGGUGUCACUCCUCUGUUUUGUUUUUGAGAUUUCAACGACAGAUUUAUGCAGGAAGAAGAAACUGAGGUGUAGCCACUUCAUUAAUGGGGAUUUUCUGCUGUUUCAGUUCUCAGCAUUCGGGAGGGCAAUCUUCGCGUUCGCGGGGUGGCAGCUCGGGUAAAGGGGGAAGUUGUCGAUCGUCUGUCAAGUACGGGUUCAGUCUAAUGAAAGGAAAAGCAAAUCAUCCCAUGGAGGAUUUCCAUGUUGCAGAAUUUGUACAAAAUGACGGGCGAGAACUCGGUCUAUUUGCUAUCUACGAUGGCCAUCUAGGAGAUGCUGUUCCAUCUUAUUUGCAGAAACAUUUAUUCUCAAACAUCCUAAGCGAGGAGGAGUUCUGGAGUGAUCCAAAUAGAGCAAUUGGAAAAGCCUAUGAAAGGACAGAUCAAGCAAUUCUGUCGCAUAAUCCGGAUUUGGGGAGAGGCGGAUCUACUGCUGUUAAUGUCAUUGUUAUUAGUGGGCGUCAAAUUUGGGUAGCCAAUGUUGGAGAUUCAAGAGCAGUGUUGUCAAGGAAGGGACAAGCCAUACAGUUGACUAUUGAUCACGAGCCCAACACAGAACGAGGCAGCAUUGAAAACAGAGGCGGCUUUGUCUCCAACAUGCCAGGAGAUGUUGCAAGAGUAAAUGGUCAGUUAGCCGUUUCUCGUGCUUUUGGGGACAAGAAUCUAAAAACGCACCUAAGGUCGGAUCCUGACAUUACAAAUGCGGAUAUCAACAAGGAUAUAGAUCUCCUUAUCCUGGCUAGUGACGGUCUUUGGAAGGUUAUGUCAAAUCAAGAGGCGGUUGAUAUUGCAAUGAAGAUAAAGGAUGAGCAGAAGGCAGCCAAACAGCUGGUAGCAGAGGCAUUGAAUAAAGAUAGUAAAGACGAUAUCUCCUGCAUUGUCGUGCGUUUUGGGUUUUGAGAGGUUAAUAUUAUGUAAUCGAGUAUUUGGGACCAACUCCAAGAAGGGAAGGAACAUACAAACAAAUAGGUUAUGGUUACACAUACCGAGAGUCUUUCCGUUUGACAAAUUCUAGAGUAAUGGUGAAAUUAUUAGGGUUUGUAAUUGCUUGUGGUUAAGUAGAUUUGUUGUUGGUGUUUGUGUGUUUAUUUAUUAUGACUUGUCAUAAUAUAUAUAUACAUAGGAAAACAUUAAUGUGGUUUGGCCUAUUAUAAUAAAUAGCUUUUUUUUUUCCUAUUCAAA